AUGGGAAUAAAUGUUGGAGUGCAGACCGACGAAGAGAACCCUCAAACACACGCAGGAAAUCAAGAAUCCAAAGCUACCAAUGAAGCAGCUUGGAACCGUCGAUUUUUUCCAGCUAAUUAUGACGUUUGCUGCAAUUUUCUCAAGCUUGCAAACAGGAUCAUAAUGUUGAUCGUUCUUGGAGUUGGUGGAUUUCCCACGAUAAGGAAGAUAUACGAGGAUAAACAGCAGCACACACUGUCUAUUCAGAUCAUGAACCAUCUUCUACAGGAUGAUAACGUGUCCCAAUUUUAUCACGCUGGGACGGAGCCCUCAAAACAGUCAGACGAUUUGCAGGAAACAGACCCAUUAUAUGAGUUUGAUAAUAUUCAUGAUCCUUUUGAAGCUGAGAACAGAGAAGGCCGGAAGAAAAUAACGAAGAAAAGUGAACCAGAGACUGCAAUAUUAAUCGCUGCUAGAAAUGGUGUUGCAGAAAUUGUGGACAAAAUUCUGGAUUUGGUUCCGAAUGCCAUACACGAUGUGAAUGCAGAAAACAAGAACGCAGUGCUCUUGGCCGUGGAGAAUAAACAACCACAUAUAUAUCUACUCUUGCUACUAAGAACAAAGUUCCUGAACAGAGACAGCAUCUUUCGAGUAGUGGAUAAGGAAGGGAAUGGUGCCUUUCAUCUCGCGGCUAAGCUUGGAGCCCAUAAGCCGUGGCUACUUCCCGGCGAGGCCCUGCAAAUGCAAUGGGAAAUGAAGUGGUUUGAGUUUGUGACGAAGUCCUUUCCCAACAUUAAUGUGCCCCGCUACAACAAGGCUGGCCAAACCCCCGAGGAGCUGUUCAUCGAAAACCACAAGGAGCUCGUCAUUAAAGGUCGCGAGUGGCUAUCCAGCACCUCCCAAUCCUACUCCGUCUUAGCUGCACUCAUAGCCACUGUUGCCUUCGUGACCUCCACCUCAGUUCCUGGAGGCCUCAAGGAGGGGAUCGGCACUCCAACCUUUGCUACGCAGCCCGCAUUCCACGUCUUUUCCAUCUCAUCCCUAAUUGCGCUCUGCUUCUCGAUCACGGCCUUGGUCUCGUUCCUCGCCAUCUUAACAUCGCGGCACCAUGCGAGGGAUUUUGGAAAGAACUUACCGAGGAAGCUCUUCGUAGGUUUAAUAUCACUGUUCGCUUCCAUAGUGGCGAUUCUGGUUUCAUUCUGCGCGGGAAAUUUGCUUCAGACAAAAGAGAAUAUUUUGAGAAAUGUGGCGUUCCCGGUCUAUGCAGCAGCGUGCCUGCCGAUAGCUUAUUUUGCUGUGCUGCAUUUUUCGCUCUAUUUUGAUAUUAUACUUACUACCUUCACGAUGGUUCCUCGGCGUAGCUUCGACGUCGUUCUCUAA